AAUGACCUUCCACGGAGGAGCUCGCCGACGGAGUAGGAGGGCCUUUGACACACUUGACGCUCAGGUGAAUUGUAACCGAGAACGGAGAGGUUCGUGGUUAGUGUGAUGCGAGAGAUUGAACGUGACGCGUCUGGAGAAACGAGAUAAAAAGAGAAAAAGAGGGUAAAAAAGAAAAAAAAGGUCAAAGGUGCACGGGAACUAAGUCAAAUGUGAUGAUGAUGAUGAUGAUGAUGCGAAUGAUAGUAGUUAGCACGACGAUUGUCUGCGAUGCAACGUGAUCGCAGCGAAAGAACUUACGUCGCACCGAAUCGCUGAGGAUUUGAAUUGUGUGAGGAAGAAAAGGAAGAGGAAGAAGAAGACCAUCGAUGUCACAAAGAAGUGGGAGAAGGUUGCGGUAGAGUUUUCGGCCACGAAGAAGAGAGGGGAGAAUCAACAUCGAACAGCGUUUUCAAUAAGUAGAAAAGGCGUGUAACGACCACGGGUAGAUACCAAAGAAUCCGGCGUGCACGUGGGACUAGUGAUGAUGACCCUUUCGCGAAAUCAAAAGUGUUCCGGUUCUAGUUACUAAACAAGUAGUUGGUGCCGGUCAUAUAUAUUCAGAGCGUGCAGUACUUCCGGCACGCUACCUCACACCUCUGGUCAUACGUAAAUAACAGUCAAAUGAAAUAUAUGUGUAUACAUUAAACAUAAUUAAAUCUCUGCAAGUGAUAUUGAAGAUGUAUUGGAGAACGAUAUUAAUCCUGUUGUGUUUUACCAUGACGUUAUCGUACUCGCAGUUAUUCAGUACCGAGAAGCUCGGGCAAUACGCAAAGAUCUUGAAAUUUAACACGUUAAAUAUCAAUGAGACCGGAAACGAGCUCUGGCACGGACUCUUCAAGGAUUGCAACAAGAGAGUGACGUUUUCUUGCAUACAAAAAAAUGCCUACACGUAUCUCGACAAUGCGUUCAUCGAAAGGGACAAUAUCACCAUCUUCGACGGUCUUAUGCUUACGAAAAACAAUAUCACUUAUGACACGUGUCCUAAGACGGAAAAUCGCAACGACGUUCACGAGAACCUCGUGGACGUUGAUACGGAUAAUUGUGAAAAUAAAGCUUCCGAAGAUGCAAAAGCGCAACAUCGGAAUUUCCCUAAUCAGUCGCCACUCGAAGAGAUUACGAACGCUCUGAGACGGAAGACUGUGAAAUUUUUGUCAACUCAUAAUUAUCAAAUUCAACUUCCCAAGUUUUUUUUCGAGGGUGCCACGAUGAAAAUAAGUCCGCGUGAAAUAGACGAGAACGGCGCUCUCCUCAGGGUAGAUUUUGGAGCUGAUGAAGGUGUACAGGAGCAGGGACGAAUCUUUAAGAAAAUCAAGAAAUUCAUACAGAAUAGAUUGUUAACCAGCUUUCUGGCGCUUCUUUUAAUUAUCAAGCUAAUUAAAGUAAAGUUUUUAUUCAUAAUUCCGUUCCUCUUCGGUGUGGGCGCUGCCAAGAAACUUUUCCUAAAACUGCUGCUUUUCUUCAUUCCCGCGUUUGCUCACAUAUUCAAACUGUGCUCCAGCUACUAUUCGAACCAAGGCACCAAGUUCCAUCAUCAUCAUCAUCAGAUAGCUCAUCACCAUCAUCACGUACCGGUUCCAGUUGCUGUCCCAACGUUUUACGAUCAUCACGACAGUUUAGACGGUUUCGCCGAUUACCAUCCUCACAUUCAAUACCGGAAGGAUUUGGAAGAACUGAAAGAAUGGGGUAUAGAGCCUAAUAACGAACUGGUUGAAGAAGCCAGUCAAUCUUUAAAUCGCGUAGUACCAGCUCCGACCUCAGUUUCGGGACUUACGUAUUCGGGCCCGUACGGAUUGCCUCAAUAUGCGCCGGAUGUGAAGCCGAUCGCAUCGUCUUAUUUGGACAAUUCGGUGGCAGCUAGCGCUCACAAUUUGGCCUAUUCCGGAUAUCGGCGAGUACCUGCAGCGCAACCAACCUCCGCCGCUGUACUUUCGAUAAAUCCGGGUCUCGUGUCCGGUGUAAAGACACAAAUAAAAAAUCCUUAUGCGGUAUUUGCGCCAAACAUACGUCCGAUUCAUCAUCAGCCUCAAAGAUUCUUGACACCUGUCGCGAAUGCCAAGAGUUCCUCCAUCUCGAUCUCGCGACAAGACACGGAAGACGAGUAUUAUGGGCCAAUAAUCGCUCGGCUUGAAGAUAUCUUCGGGCAGCUGAGAUUCUACGAGGAAACGUGUAGAGAAAUGCUCGUUUGCAGCAUGUACAAAAAUCCGACGGGCUACUCGCCGCACAGUAACCUUGUGUCCAAUGAACUUUCCAGAGAUCCUCAAGAGCUCAGGCGAGAUGUAACAGGAACAACGUCCAGUCAAAAGUUCUACAGAUAUGUGAGCGCAGCCAGACACGGUCAAGAUGGUGGAGAUUGCCUCAAAACGUAUCCCUGUCAUAGUAAUAUCGAAUAAAUAUCCCAUAAUGGGGAAUUUAUAUCGAUUUGCAAAAUCUGCGAUUAAUAUAUAACGAAUGUUAUAUAUUAUUACAAAAUUGGUGAACACAUAUACAUAUAUUUACAUUUGCUCAAUGAGGCCGAAGAAAUUACAUUAGAAGCUCAGCGUCGUAAUGUAAUAGCACUAUAAGAAAGAUCGAAGAUAUAUUGCCAUGCAUUAAUUUAUGAAUACAUAUGUGAGACGUGCGUAAAUUCGUAUGAACUCCAAUUUUCCUAUUAGCAAAGAAAUUGAAGUGUUCUACGGACAAGUUCACUCGUCGUAUUAAUCCUAGCAAUUAAUUUAGUUAAUAAGAUACUGAUCAACACGUUAAAUGUAAUAUUUUGAUAUAAUUUAUGCCAAUUUUUUCAAAUUUUAUGACCGAAUUUAGUAAAGAGUAAAAUCAGUGAAUUUUGUGAUGGCGUGUCAAGUUUUUAGUCUAUUGACGCGUUGUCAGCAAGAUCACUGUCUCUAAGAAUAUCAUUAGAUAUGAUUAGAUAAUAAGAUUUAUACGAUGUUGGAUUAUGUGGCAUUUUAUGAAUUAAGCGAGCUUUAUAAUUUUUAAGCAAUUUUUAUGUAUUUAAUUU